CUACACGCUACGAGAUAAGCCAAGCUUGCUUGCUUGCUUGCUUGGUCGCUUUGCUCGCGCUUCUCCCCGCCUAGAUUCCACUCGGUUCUCUGUCAGCCGCGCGAUGGAUUACUCCGGAGGUGUCGUCCGCGUUCGACGGCUUCGGCUUCGGCUCCUGCUCUGCUUCCUCCUCGCGGCCGCCGUGGCGCCGGCUUGCCGCGCUCGGGAGGCGCAGCCGCUGCCGGUGGAGGAGGUGCCGGCCGCGGCGGGGGCAGGGGGGCCGCGGGGCGGCGCGAGGCGAGCGCCCGUGCGGCACGAGCUGUCGAUGGACUUCUACGCCAAGACGUGCGCCGCGGUCGACCAGAUCGUCGGCAACGUCACUGCCCCGCUGUUCCGCGACAACCCCGCCGCCGGCCCCGCCGUGCUCCGCCUCUUCUACCACGACUGCUUCGUCGAAGGCUGCGACGCGUCCAUACUGAUCGCGCCGACGGGCAGCAACGCCGGCGGGCCGCCGAGGGUGGAGAGGGACAUGGAGGAGAACAGGAACCUGCCGCAGGAGGCGUUCGACGCGGUGGAGAUGGCCAAGGCCGCCGUGGAGAAGGCGUGCCCCGGCGUUGUCACCUGCGCCGACGUCCUCGCCCUCGCCGCCCGGGACUUCGUCCACCUGGCAGGUGGGCCCUACUACCAAGUGAAGAAGGGCCGGAAGGACAGCAAGGUGUCCCUGCCGGGCAAGGUCCGCGGAAGCCUCCCGCGCGCCAACUCCACCGUGGACGAGCUUCUCCGCGUGUUCGCCGCCAAGGGCCUCGGCGCCGGCGACCUGGUGGCGCUCUCGGGCGCGCACACGGUGGGGUUCGCGCACUGCGCCCACUUCGUGGGCCGGCUCUACGACUUCCGGGGCACGCGGCAGCCGGACCCGGUGAUGGACGCGCGGCUGGUGAAGGCGCUGCGCAUGUCGUGCCCCUUCACCGGCGGCAGCGCCCGCGUGGUGGUGCCGUUCGACGUGAGCACGCCGUUCCAGUUCGACCACGCCUACUACGCCAACCUGCAGGCGAGGCUGGGCCUCCUGGGCUCCGAUCAGGCGCUGUUCCUGGACGCCCGCACCAGGCCGCUCGUGCAGGAGCUCGCCGCCGACAAGGAGCGGUUCUUCCAGGCGUUCGCCGCCAGCAUGGACAGGAUGGGAUCCGUCCGGGUCAAGAAGGGCAGGAAGGGAGAGGUCAGGAGAGUCUGCAGCCAGCACCUGCACUGAACUAGCUAGCUACUGCACCUCACACCACGGUCCUGAUCGAUAGCAAUUCGUACAAGGCGUUCGCAGCAGAAGACGAUGAUACAGAUUAGCUCUGAGCUUACAUGAGUUAUCUUUCGGUGUAAAUGCCAUUUCGGAGAGUGUUAGUUCAGGUUUUUUAUUUCUGCUUCUUUCAAUUUUUCUUUUCGUUUGUGGUAGCUUGUGCAGGGAAUGUUUGCAGGCCUCUGUCUUUCGCAGCGUGUGAGGCUUCUUAUUUGUUUGAUUGUAUUGGAUUGCAGAAGGGGG